AUGGUGGAGUUUAUUGACCAGGAGUCUGGCCCUGACUUCGGAGAGCCCAAGACUAAGCUACCCUUUGAAAGUUUUUUCCAGGACGCCAUUGCCAGGACGGAUCUUGAUACGGCACGAGAACUGCUUGACAGAGGUGGUUUCGAUAUCAAUAUGAAAACCGAACAGUGUCCCUACGGUGCAUUCCUUACGACAUUGUCUGACAAGCCUCCGAGCCUGCCGAUUAUCAACCUCCUUAGGGUCAAUGGUGCUAAUCCCAACGAGUACCACCCCAGAACAGACAGACUGCCGUUGCAUGUUGCAGUCAGGGGUGCAGAUGUUGAAUUGGUGAAGCUGCUGGUGGAGUACGGUGCCGGUAUCUACGAGGCAUCUCUUUUUCCUACGAGGCGAGGUAUGCUGCCUCUGCUAUUUUCGGCAGCCCAGGCAGGAUCUCUUCUAUUGAUCGAAUUUCUUCUCGAGAAUAGGGUAGAUACUCCUUUUGUGUGGGAACGGAAAAGGUGGGAGCUGAGGGGAGUUACGGUGCCGGUGGCGAAUGACGAGAGAGCCUUCAUCUGA